AUGAAGAAAAUUUAAUAUGCGUUUCGUCCUUCGUCGUGUGUAUCGGGUAAUGGGCGACGAAAAAAAAUAUGUGGCGAGUUGACCAGUCGUCUUCGAUUUUGCCGUCAGCCGGUCGAUUUCGCUGAGGCGCGUCGCAUAAUCGCCUGGGCCAUGGAAAAAGAAGUUCUCGGAGUGCGAGGAACACCGGCACCGACCGAUAUCGAGUUCGAAAACGUCUGGUUCACCGUCAAACGAGGCAAGGGACACAAGAAAAUCAUCAAGGGCGUAUCGGGAAAGUUCAAAUCGGGAGAGCUGACCGCCAUCAUGGGUCCCUCGGGGGCGGGCAAGACCUCGCUGUUGAAUAUUUUGACCGGAUUUCAGAAGUCCGGAGUUGAAGGGUCGAUCAGGUGCGGGAGUCGAGAGGACAUCAAAAACGAAAAACGGCUCUAUCAAAAGGAGUCGUGUUACAUUUUACAAGACGACCAUUUGCCGGAUUUUCUCACCGUCGGGGAGUUUAUGUUCUCCACCAUGAAACUCAAGCUGAGCGGCCUCACUAGGCAGCUGUGCGAUGAAGCAAUAGACGACAUCUUGGCUACACUCGGCUUGUACACCGCGAAGAACACUCCGUGCGGGAAUUUGUCCGGAGGUCAAAGGAAACGUCUUUCGAUAGCCCUCGAACUGAUCGACGACCCGCCAGUCAUGUUUCUCGACGAACCGACCACAGGCCUGGACAGUAGUUCGGCGAACCAAUGCGUUUUCAUGCUGAGCGAGCUGGCGCGGAAGGGAAGGACGGUGAUUUGUACGAUACACCAGCCUAGUACGCGCCUGUACAUGACCUUCAAUCAGGUGUACACCAUGGCAGAUGGGAGAUGCGUGUUCCGGGGUUCCCCCUCCAACACAGUACCGUACUUGGCGUCUUCUGGUUUCGUCUGUCCGAGGUACCACAAUCCUGCCGAUUUUUUGCUGGAAGUGACGUCAGGUGAAUACGGGAACGCGAUUGAUUGCCUCGCCAAAGCUGCUCAAGAUUCAAAAUGGGCAAUUGAUGCGGAAGUACCACCAACCCGUCGAGUCGAAACAGACAAAGGGACGAGAAAGGUGGGACACUGGCGAGUCGCAACUUUGAGGAAAAAACCUUCGGAAUUGGCCAGGUUCUCCAUCUUGCUCAGAAAACAGCUAGCUUACCUCAACAGGGACGCGUCAGCCGCUAAGCUGAAACUGUUUCUCCACUUUCUGGUCGGUGCGAUGCUCGGAUUAACUUACCACAACUCAGGUUACGACGCUUCCAAGUCCAUCAGCAACGUCUCUUUCUUCUUGGUAAGCGUGGUAUAUAUAAGUUAUACCUCGCUGAUGCCGGCAGUGUUGAGAUUUCCGUCAGAGUUGCUGAUAUUGAGGAAGGAGCUUUUCAAUCGCUGGUACACUCUGAGAACAUAUUUUAUCUCACACAUGGCGGCCGACAUCCCUUUGCAAAUCGCCUUCGCACUGACUUACACCACUUCGGCGUAUCUGAUCAGCGCUCAGCCGUUGGAAUUCGGCAGAUUUUUCAUGGUGGUGGCUGUGCUCUCUAUGGUGUGCAUAUCCGCUUCGGGAAUGGGUUUGAUAUUCGGCGCAUUGGUCGAUCCCAUUAACGGUACCUUUUUGGGGGCAAUUUUCAGCGCCCUACUGUUUAGCCUGGCGGGGAGUUUGUGCCUUUUCCCCCACAUGCCCAGAGUCAUGUACUACCUGACCAACUUCUCCUACCUAAGUUUCUCGAUGGAGGGGGUACUGCAGGCGGUAUACGGCUUCGAUAGGGGUCCACUUAUCUGUCCUAGUGACGUAGCGUACUGCCUCUACACGUCACCGAGCGAACUGCUGCGGGACAUCGGAAUGGAUAGGUUAUCCUUCUUUGCAGACAUUGCGUAUAUCGCCUUGUACGCCGUAAUAUUUAGAGUUCUCGCGUAUUUCUUUCUGAAACGAAAAUUGAUGAGUUUUUAGUUCAAAGUGAGAGACUAAAAACGCGUUAAAAACUUACCAAAGCGUUCAUGUAUUAAUUGUGAUGUGUAGAAAUAUACUUUUAAAAUUGUACUUAUCGCUCUAUUGCCUUCCAGCUAAUUAGAAAGAUGUGUGUUUUUUUUUCUACCUGACCGGGAACAUUUCAUUUAUUAGCAUGUUACGACCGUAGACUAUAAAAUUGGGUAAUAAAGGAAUACAAGUGUUAGUAGCUGAGAAUAAAGAAAAUGAAGAAAACGCUUUGGAAUAGAGAAACGAAUAAAAACAUAACACCUGGACAAGAAAUAGAAAGCAAGAAUGACAACUUGUGAUAAAAAUUGCAUUGAAAUAAAACAGGUAGAGGUGCCUAAUAUAGAAGAAGAAGAAAAAGAAGAGGAAGCCAACCAUGGAAAAUAUAUAAAAUAUUGGUAUAUACAUAAAAAGAAAAGCAUAAUACAUAAAACUAAACUCAACGAAGAAAAUAAGCUUCUCCGAGCUGUAGAUUGCUUUAUUAAAAACUGUUUAGCUAAGUUUUUGAAUCUAAGUAUUGGAGGCUUAUGUUCAUUAAAAAAUCAGACCACAAAGUAAAUUGGCAUUUAUUUAAUUUAUGGUCUAAACGAGUUCUCAAGAAUUUUGCACUUUGUUGAUGUGUCUUUGACAGAAGAUUAAAGGAACGAUUUUCCAUUCGUUAAGGGUUAAGUUUUUUUUUGUAAAUCAGUCCUUGGCUUCAGUAGGUUUUUCUUUCUUCAAAAGCAUUGAAAAGGGCUUCAAGAAGAUCGUUGAUAUGAGGAAAACCGGUUAAUUCACAUUACUCAGCCCUAGACAACUUCAUUUCUCACUGCUGAUGUGGCGUGCGUUCAAUUUGUCUUGAUAACAUUUUAAUUGGCUGUAACUUUUUUGUUUUUGGAGAUAUCAACGUAAACAAAAAAGCAAAAUGUAGAGUGCACAGUCAAGUUUUUUAUUCGUAUAAAACAAAAACACUAUCAAUUUUCUGACAUAUAAGCCCAAAUCAUAUUUUUCAAAAAGGGAACACCCUACAUAUUAUAUAUGUUUUUAAUAGAAUAUCUUAUGCCGAUUACAAUGAUGAAACACACUUUCUAUUUAAGUACACUCGUUUUUGACAAAUCGGCAAAAAUAGGAAAUUUUUAUAUACAGCGUAUAACGUAAUACUGUAUAACGUAAAACUCUGUAUUACGAACAAAAUUCGUUGUAGUAUUAGGUCUCCAUACAAAGCUAUGUAUUAAUCCACUCUGUAUAACGAAUUUCUCACUCUUUAUGCCGAAAUAAAAAGGGCACAACAGGAAACAAAGUAGAGAGUUUGUUACCUUCUCAAAAUUCCUUACCCUAAUAAUCUAAUUACCGAGAACCUGGUCGUCCUAAGUGUUUUUCUCGAUUAUGUUUAUGCCUUUAUCGGUAUGUAUAAAAGCACACAAUUGUUUCAAUCAUCUAUAAUCAAUCUAAUUUGACUUUUUUAAUGCUGAUGAAACUGGUAUUUUUUCAAAAUGACGCCAGAUAGAACUCUUAAAUUUACGAAGCGAAAAGUGUAUGGGUGGAAAACUUUCUAAAGAACGUAUAACAGUGUUGGUAGCUUCCAAUAUGAGUAGGAGAGAAAAAUAAAGCUAGUCGUGAUUGGAAAAUCAACUCAAAAAUCAAAAGAAAGGGUAAGGAAGAGCAGCAAGAGGAAGAAGAAGAUGAAGAAGUUGAUCCGGGACCAUCACCAACCAUUCAACAAGCCCUAUAGUCAGUUAAGAAAUUUUUAUGUAUUAUGGG